AUGAGGAAUAAACGCUUCGAACCGUACCGGGCUACACUGAAAGGUGAUUGGGACAGAUUUCAAGGAAUUGACAUGAAACAUGAAAUUAAUAUAACAGCUAAGCUAUCAAAGGAAGGAGACACAGCUCUACACAUUGCAGCUGCAGCAAGGCGCACUGGUUUUGUGAAAAAGUUGCUUGAGCAUAUGAACAAAGAUGACUUAUCCAUAAAAAAUAAUGCUGGCAACACGGCCUUUUUUCUUGCUGUUUCAUCCGGGGAGGUUGACAUCGUCAAAGCUUUGAAAGAGAAGAAUGAAGACUUGGUAAAGAACCGUGAGAAAGACAUGAUGGAGAAGAAUGAAGACGUCUUAAAGAACCGAGGUGAUAAUUACAUUUUACCACUUCUCCAAGCAGCUGUGAUGGGAAACAAAGAGAUGGUAGAAUACUUUUAUGAAGCCACUGGAGAUGAGUUAUUAGAUGAUAAUGAUCGCUUCAAAUUGGUUGUCGAUCUGAUACCCCAUGGUUUGUAUGAGAGGCACCCACAAACAGCUCAUAUACAUGGUGAACAUGGGGAGACAGUAUUGCACCACUUGGCACGAUUACAUGUACCGAGACUUACUGUCGAUUUGAGCUUGAGUAAGACUUUGCGGGAAAUCAACGAUCUACUUAUGUUAGUUCUCUCUAAUCAUUAA